GCUAUAGCAGUAUUACAACUGUAUAUUGAUCGCACAGCGUGCUGUCUGGUGUAUAACAUAUAUACUCAUUAUGCAUACGUAUUUUCUAUUGUUACUCUAGUACGGAAAGUAAUUUUAUCUGAAUUUAGUAAAUUAUAUGUUACCGAAGUGGGGAUUAUAUUAAAGCAAUUUUCGUUUAGUGAUAAAGUGCGUAUUGACUCACUAACUGGCAGAUGGCAUGAAUGUGUAGUCUGGAAUUUAUCGAUUGUGAUGUCGCCAUGUGGAAAUUUAUCAUUUUCUUGUUUAAUAUAAUAGUGGCUUUUAUAUGUUGUAAUGCGUCAACUGUAAGUUUAAAGAUCGUUCCAGAGAAGGCAAACAUUCUGCUAGCGGCGGGAGACGUUUUAAAACUAGAUUGUGUACAUGUAUACAAUGGUGAAGUAACUGAUGUAGCAACGUUCUCUAAAGGGGGCCAGAUCAUUCCAAUGAGCAACGAUAAAGGGUUUACAAUUCUUGUCAAGAUUCAUCCAAAUUCUGAGAACGUAACAAGGACCACAACUCUGAAAAAGAUGGAAUCUAAAGUUUCAGACACUGGUAAAUAUAGCUGUGAUGUAGAAGACAAAUCAGCUGAUAUAAUGGUUAAUGUCAUUCAAGUAACACCGGUUGACGCGAUAUUACCGGUACAGUCCCCUGACGCUCUAGAGUUACGGUGCAACACCAAUGGUAUGACAGCGGACAGUAACGAUGUAAGGUGGAUUUGGACAUACAAGGACACAAUUUUGAGAAAUAAUGAAAAAUUCAAAAUGGUUAAUAAGAACAACAACGGAAUUUUACAGAUAAAAAAUCCAAACAGAACAAACAUGGGGAAAUAUCUAUGUUCGUUGACACAAAAAAAUGAUGUGAAGAUACAGAAACCUAGAUCAGUUUUCUUAAGAGCUAGUCCUGCUAUAGAAAGUUUUACAAUGGAAGCAUAUCAUACGGAUUUAGAACUAAAAUGUGUAGCAUCAGGGUCACCCAUUCCAAAUAUAAUCUGGACCAAAAACGGUUCUAAGCUAAACAUAACAAAUUAUUCUCAUGCUAUUGAGGAACAGAACACAGUGAAUAGUUCCGUGGUGUUACAAAACGUGAACCAACAUGAUGACGGCGUUUAUUCUUGCAUCGCUUAUAAUGAUAUUGAACCAUAUAAUGAUACUGCUCAAAAAGUAAUAAAUCCCAGAGCUUAUGCGGUGGCGGUGAACCAUCAUCCAGGGACUGGCACCGGAGGCACCGGAGAUCAUACACACCAUCACCCACAUCCAGAUGGAAACACUCAUUGUGCCCAAAACAGUGAUUGUGGAAGCUGUAACGAUGCUACUCUGACAGCUGUUUGUGUCGCUGGUGUGUGCAAAUGUGAAAAUACUACUACGGGUAAGCGUCAGAACAGUUGCCAUAGUAACCACCAGUGUGACGGAGGGUGUCCUGCAGGCCAAAAUGGCGUGUGUAAUAAUGGUCAUUGUGAAUGUGGGGAUCAUGGUAAACGUGCAGCUUGCCAUAGUAACCACCAGUGUGACGGAGGAUGUCCUGUAGGACAAAAUGGCGUGUGUAAUAAUGGUCAUUGUGAAUGUGGGGAUCAUGGUAAACGUGCAGCUUGCCAUAGUAACCACCAGUGUGACGGAGGAUGUCCUGUAGGACAAAAUGGCGUGUGUAAUAAUGGUCAUUGUGAAUGCGGGGAUCAUGGUAAACGUGCAGCGAAACGUGCAACAUGCCAUGGUGGUGGAAGCUGUCCCACUUGUCCAGACGGUAGUAAAGGUGUCUGCAAUUCGCACGGCCAUUGUGAUUGUGGGGACAAUGCCGCAGUAGGUAAACGUCAAAACACUUGCCAUAGUAACCACCAGUGUGACGGAGGAUGUCCUGCAGGACAAAAUGGCGUGUGUAACCAUGGUCAUUGUGAAUGUGGGGAUCAUGGUAAACGUGAAGCUUAGACAUGCACUCCAGUUGAUGCAUCCCCAGAUUGCCAUGAGAAAAGACUUUGCAAAUAUAACUGAACGGUGUUUUAAUAAAGUUUCAUUUUAAGUUA